AUGAAUAUACCAUCUUCUUCCAUCCAUGUCCCUUUCCGCCGCACCGCGUAUCAAUGCCUCCGCCAAACCCAACUUUCGAGCCGCAUGCCGCUCCAUGGUGUUCAGCGGCAGCACCAGCACCAGCAUCAGCAGUGUCGUCUUUUGUCCGCGAAGUCCACCCCAUCAAUGUCCCGGUUUACUGUGAACCCCCAACGUAGAGCUAGUGCACAGAUCUCUGCCAACUCUGUUCAACGGUGUAAACGGACUAUAGUGGUGUGUCUGGCUGGCAUUGUCGCCAGUGGCCUGGGAAUGUAUGCCGUUAUUGCAUCAUCGGAGUUAGAUAAAAAUGUCCCGAAUGAUAAAAAGGCUCCAUCGACACCAUCGCAAUCAGACAGAGGUUCUAAUAUGGGUAGAAUUAUCAAACUUGAUGGUCCGUCCGGUCUAGAGGAAAACCCAACAACGAUCGUAGUCGAUGGCGUCGAACAAGUUCCCACUGGAAACUCCACAAUCCCCAAUUUCCCCAAAUCCAUCAAACUUCCCGACAGCAGUUCCCAGCACAUAGAUAGACGAGUGGGCGAUGCGCUUCCCUCCAACUCACAGACGGAAGAAUACACGUUAAUCGGCCUAGGUAUUCGCACCGUCUCCUUCCUCAGCAUCCAGGUCUACGUCGUGGGUCUCUACAUCGCCAAAUCAGAUAUUGCAGCUCUACAACAACUGAUGGUCCGAAGAGCUGCAACGCCCGUAAGCGUUUCUGCUGUAAACGAGAGUGCUGUCCCUGCCACCUCCCUCAUCUCAACAGAGCGAGAGACGUUGAAGCAAAUGCUCCUGGACCCGGAGCAAGGGGAGGAGGUGUGGAAUCAGAUUCUUAGGGAAAACGGGAUCCGCACUGCGCUACGCAUCGUUCCUACGAGGAAUACGGAUUUCCUACAUCUCAGAGAUGGCUGGGUUCGUGCUAUUACGGCACGGGCACAGAGUGCAAAUGCAUAUGCCAAGGCCCUUGCGGCAAAGCAGGGUUCUGGCAUGCCGGCUGGCGCAGAAGUAGUGUCUGAGUUUGCGGAUGAGAGUUUUGGGAAUGCGAUUAAUGAAUUUAAGACGCUCUUUGGUGGUGGGGUAAGGAAAAAUGUACCAAAAGGUCAGAUUCUGUAUCUUCUCCGGAACAAGGUGGGCGGGUUGGAGUCGAUGUUUGACACUGGGAGUGGAAAUCCGAUGGUUUGGUUGGGGGAGGUAAAGGAUGAACGGGUAAGCCGGUUGUUGUGGGUGGGAUAUCUGGCGGGAAAGAAGGUCGCGAGCGAGGGAGCAAGGAAGAGUAUCGUUGAUGGAAUUAUGCAGAUCGUGGAGAGGCCGGUUGGGACUGUUGCACAGAGAAUUGCGUGA